UCGUACGCAACAACAAGCACACGAGCGUUUAAAAAAACACAUAAUUUAUGAUGAAAAUAUGGGGUGCUUUAUCAGUGGAUUUUGUAGCAUGGAGGGGAUUUGUGUACACAUUAUUUUUACUGCAUUUCGUGUUUAUAUGUCAAUUCCUUUUUCUUCAGCCUUUGGUCUCUGCCCUUGAUGGCAAACCAGGUGAUGCUGCUGAGUUGUAUGAGAGAGUUGCGCAUAGUAUUAAGGUGAAACGUUAUAGUGAGGCAAUUAGUGACCUAAAUGCUGCUAUUGAGGCUGACCCGACUCUUUCUGAAGCAUACAGGCAUAGAGCAUCCAUCCUUCGCCAGCUUUGCAGAUACGAGGAAUCAGAGAAAAGUUAUAAAAAGUUUCUGGAUAUUAAACCUGGAAAUUCAGCAGUGGAAAAGGAGCUCUCUCAGUUGUAUCAAUCUCGUGAUGCUCUAGAUACUGCCCUUAAUCUUUUUGAUUCAGGCAAUUUUACAAAGUCAUUGGGAUAUGUGGACAAGGUUGUCCUUGUUUUUUCUCCAGAAUGCUCAAAGGCCAAAGUCCUCAAAGUUAAGCUUUUAUUAGCAGCUAAAGAUUUCUCCAGUGUCAUCUCAGAGACAGGAUUUAUCCUCAAAGAAGAUGAGGAUAAUUUGGAGGCGUUGCAUCUUCGUGGCCGGGCUUACUAUUAUUUAGCUGAUCAUGAUGUUGCUAUAAGGCAUUUCAAGAAAGGUCUCCGUCUCGACCCAGAGCAUAGUGAAUUGAAGAAAGCAUAUUUUGGGGUGAAGAAAUUACUGAAGAAGACUAAAAGUGCAGAAGACAACGAAAAUAGGGGAAAGUUGCGCCUUGCGGUGGAGGACUACAAAGCAGCCCUUGCUUUGGACCCUACUCAUAUUGCCAACAAUGUUAAUCUGCAUCUUGGUUUAUGUAAAGUAUUGGUUAAGCUUGGUAGGGGAAAAGAUGCUGUGAGCAGUUGUACAGAAGCGCUUAGCAUCGAUGGGGAGCUUCUAGAAGCUCUAGUACAGAGGGGUGAGGCCAAACUUUUGGUCGAAGAUUUUGAGGGAGCAGUUUCAGAUCUAAGAGCAGCUUCUGAGAAAUCACCUCAGGAUAGGAAAAUACGUCAAACACUGAUGAAGGCUGAGAAAGCACUAAAGAUUAGCCAGCGGAAAGACUGGUACAAGAUUUUGGGGAUCUCUAAAACAUCAUCUGUAUCAGAGAUUAAGAAGGCCUAUAAGAGGCUUGCAUUACAAUGGCAUCCAGAUAAGAAUGUUGACAAUAGAGAAGAAGCAGAAGCCAAAUUCCGAGACAUCGCUGCAGCUUAUGAGGUUCUUGGCGAUGAAGAAAAGCGUAUGAGAUACGACCAGGGGGAAGAUGUAGAAGGCAUGGGCAUGGGCGGCAGUGGGGGUGGAUUUAAUCCUUUCGGUGGAGGAGGGCAACAAUUUACGUUCCAUUUUGAAGGAGGUUUUCCCGGUGGAGGAUUCCAGUUUUAAUGAAUUUGAAGUUUAUGAUACUUAAUGGCUUCAUUAACAUGUGCAUAUAUUUGUUACUCCUCAUUUACCAACUGCUGUCAGGCACAUGGUAAAAUGUGCAGGGCCAUACUUGGUUGCUAGAAAAUGGGGAUACACCUUCGAGAAAGUUAUACUUGCUGGUACGAGAUUUCAAUUACAUUUACAUGGGAGUAGUUCAAUUUAUGAAUUUAAGCAUACUGUAAUUUUCUCGUGUUUUACACCACAAGUUUCGGUAAUUUAGGCAGAAGUUGAUGCCUAUUUACAGCAGCCAAAUGCCAAUGAAGUACUGGAAUUUUGAAA